CCACAACGUGCAGCUGGAUAUGAUGACCCUAUCUGCCCUGUACUACAGCUUGGAUUACUAUAUGGAAGUCAUGAUCGGAUCUCGACCUGAAGACGAACGACGAUCAGUCCGGGUAGCGUGAUUGCGGAUUUUCAGCACAUCCAAAGAUAUGGCCGCCUCCCCGACCGUCCAUCCAUGGAAGAUAUGCUACGCCGGAUUGUUUCAUAUGUUUGGGACCAUCCGAAGGUCCAAUUGGCUUCUACUGCGGACAAGAAGCAGCUAUUGGUUGACCUUCGCCUGUUCUUCCUGUCCCACCUGGACCAGCUAGAUGACAACGAGCAGCUGCAAAAGGACCGUACCUGUACACAACCUCAUGCAUCAUAUCUCACCUUGAGCGCAAAGCCUCGUCACUCAUCCUUAUUCAACUGGAUUCAAAUGACGUCCGGCCACCAUACUGGCGGUGCUGCCGCGCUAUCCUUUCUACUGUGCCUUGCCGCAGCCGGGAACAAUGCUCUCCCAUCCCCACGAGCUCGAUAUAUCGGCGAAAAACUUUCACAAAGUUUAAGAGGCCUGGCUCGGAUCCAGAAUGAUUAUGGGUCGAUCGACCGCGAUCAACAGGAGUGCAAUCUGAACAGCAUCGACUUCCUGGAUUGCCCAUUUCGAGAAGACGGGCCGGAUGAGGCCCCAAGGAAGCGGAGGAGGACGGAAUCUACAGGUGUAGUUGGAUCUUCUUCCCCCAGGAGCGAUCUAUUAGACCUUGCGCAGCACGAAAGGCAAUCUAUUGACCGGCUUCUUCAGGAAGACCUUCCCAAACUACUGGACCCCCGUGUGUUGGGGGCAAUGCGGACAUUUACUGCUGGCGUGGAGAUGUAUGGGCAGAUGUACAUUCUCAGGGACCAUACACCUCGAAAUACGGAGAAGGUCUAAUUGGAAGCUG